UCCUGUAGCAGAAGUUGAGAUGAGGAUGAGCAGCGCAGUCUUCGGCGUGUGGGAUUAUGUGGUUUUCAUCAUGAUGCUGGCCGUUUCUGCAGGAAUCGGGGUUUAUUAUGCAUUUGCAGCGAGAUCUCAGAACAGCUCGGCUGAUUUUCUGGUGGCCGGACGGAGUAUGUCAGCCAUGCCGGUGGCUUUAUCUCUGACAGCCAGCUUCAUGUCUGCUAUCACCGUUCUGGGGACGCCGGUGGAGGUGUACAAGUACGGAGCCAUCUUCAUCCUCAUCUGCUUCUCUUAUGCUUUUAUGGUGGCUUUGAGCUCUGAGAUCUUCCUGCCAAUCUUCUACAGACUGGGAGUAACAAGCACUUAUGAGUAUCUGGAGAUGCGUUACAAUAAACUAAUUCGACUACUGGGGACAAUCCUGUUUAUCCUUCAGACAGUAUUAUACACUGGUCUGGUAAUAUAUGCUCCAGCUUUGGCUUUAAAUCAAGUCACAGGUAUUGAUCUCUGGGGGGCUGUUAUAUCCACUGGAGUGGUCUGUACUCUCUACUGCACACUAGGUGGCCUGAAGGCAGUGGUGUGGACGGAUGUGUUUCAGGUUGGCAUCAUGUUAGCGGGUCUCUUGGCUGUGAUCGUUCAAUCACUGCUGCUGCAGGGUGGGAUCUCGAGGAUCAUCAGUGACUCCACCUACGGGGGUCGGAUCAACCUAUGGGACUUCGACCCAAACCCUCUGAGGCGACACACUUUCUGGAGCAUCACAGUUGGUGGGACAUUUUACUGGACCAGCUUCUACGGCAUCAACCAUGCUCAGGUGCAGAGAUACAUAUCAUGCAAGUCCCUGUUCCAUGCCAAAAUGGCAUUAUUCAUUAAUUUAGUGACUCUGUGGGUAGUUACUCUUUGCUCAGUGCUUUGUGGCUUGUGUUUAUACUCCGUUUAUAAGAACUGUGACCCAUGGAUGGCAAAAAAAGUAUCUGCUCAAGACCAGCUUAUGCCGUACCUGGUGUUGGAUAUCCUGAGUGAAUACCCUGGUCUGCCGGGGCUGUUUGUGGCAGCGGCAUUCAGUGGCACUUUAAGUACUGUCUCAUCCAGUGUGAAUGCUUUGGCUGCAGUAACUGUAACAGAUGUGCUGCGACCGUACCUCAGUCUGUCAGAAAAACAGCUGUCCUGGGCUUCAAAGGCCAUGAGUUUGUUUUACGGUGCCAUGUGCAUCGGAAUGGCUGGCAUUGCAUCUAUGAUGGGAGGGAUGCUCCAGGCCGCUUUCAGUAUUUCAGGAGUGAUUGGUGGACCUCUGCUAGGCCUAUUUUCUCUUGCAAUCCUGUUUCCAUGUGCCAACUCAAAGGGAGGUUUGGCAGGACUUGUGUCUGGUUUGGGGCUGUCAUUGUGGGUGUGUAUCGGGGCACAGAUUUACCCUCCGCCAGCAGAAAACAGAAGACCGUUGACUCUGAACACACAUGGCUGUAACCUCUCUAUGGCACCAGAUGCCACUAACUGGACUGCAAACAUGGACAUCUUCAGGAUUAAGGAAGAAACUCUAGAAAGGCCUUUCUUGGCUGAUAAUUGGUACUCGCUUUCAUACCUGUACUUUGGCCUGUUGGGAACUGUUACAGCCAUCGCAGUGGGUCUUAUUGUCAGCAUAUUAUCAGGUGGCCAACGGGUGAAACUGCAGCCUGGACUCACGCUAUCAAAAGAGGACCUCACCUGCUACAAAGCCUACAAAUUUCUCAAAGCAAAAGUGAGCAUACAUUUAUUGCAUAUAAACAAAUUGACAAUCACCCUGUUCUUCUUACUUUUACCAUUUUUGCACUUUAAGGUUUCCGGUAAUGCAAGAAUGGACCUGACAAGGGAACUGCAGAAGAAAUCAUCGCGAAAAAACAACUUCGCUUACUGUGAGGUUGAGUUACACACUCAUGAACUUCCUUAA